UGUAGGGAAAAUCACAAUCACAAAACUGGAAAAAAAAAAAAAAAAAGCUGUAGACAUUCAUUGGCAGCAGCGUAGUGUUAUAGUUUGACUGUAGCGCACUCUAGCGGACGUCAUGGCGUAAUGCAGCGCGAGUUGACGUCGUUGCUGUGGCAACCAGUUCUCAACGGUCUGUUGUAGCGAACCAGCUGCGUUAGCGCCUGUUAUCUGUAGUUUACCGUUACACUCUGUCGCUAGAAAUGUCCCGAGCUCAGGCUGAAAAUGUGAUAAAAAACAUAAUUCGUGAAAUAGUCCAGGAGUGUGCGGUGCGGGGACAGUCUGUGUCGGACGCUCUGGUGGCUUUUAUGGUGAAAGCUGUGGUGUUGGACCCAAGAAAUGGCUUUAAUGUUGAUCGGACACUCACUAAACAAGAUGUCCAAAAACUGGAAGAGCUUUGUCUGGAUAAACUCAUGGAAAAGUGCAGCCCAUCCCUUGAUACAAUCAAAAUGCAAGUGUAUUUUGAUAUGAAUUACACCUCUCGACGGGAGCUUCUUGAGGAAAUCCAACGGGUGAUGGAGUCCAGGCUGAUCCCAGUGAGCAGAGAGAUCACUGACAGCAGGGUGAAAACCAGGGAGGAGUGUGACGCUCUGUACCGUAAAAUCGUCAGCUAUAUCCUGCAACGCUCCGCCAUGGGCUCCCCGACAGACAACAAAGCAAUGCAAGAGGCUACAGCUGCCCUGCAGAGCGUCUUCCCUCAAACUGAAGUGGGAACCUUCAUGGUGCUGUUAAAGAAAGACAAGGAGCAGCAGCUUGUAGAGCUCACCAUGCUCGUCACUGGGAUCCUGCUCUUCAACAAAGCCAGCAAGAAGGAGGAGGAGGAGGAGGAAGUCAACAUCAAUGAUUUGAUACCUACAGUUGUCAAAGAAGUUCUUCCCGUCACCACUAAAAGUAUAGAAAACGAGCUACGUGUGACACAGAGUUUGGCGUGGAAGUAUACAGCUCUGCUGGAGAAGCUAACCGACCCUGACGUUCAGCCCAAACAGUGUGACGUGCUCAUUGUUCUGCUCAGACAGGCUCUCUACAACGUCAGGCAGCAUGAAGUUUUCCUCAGAAUGUUACUGGCUGAUGCAGAUUUAUGUACCAAGCACAUUGAAAUCCUGCAGACUGAACUCUCAUCACAGAUGAAGCUGCUGAAAGAAACUGUGCAACCAAAGAUGGCGGUACCAACCGCAACAGUUUUUCCACUGUUCAAGGUCCUGUCAAAGCUAUGGUCUGGACUUCAGGAUGAGGCUGAGCUUCUGAAUAUCCUCAAUAACAUCACACUCAAUCUUCAGCCUUUCCUCGCCUCUCAGGCCAAGAUUUUCUCUGAAUCUUAUCUGGACAGCCUGCUGGAGGCAUCCCAGGUGAAGACAGAUGAACAGAGAAUGACAGAGUCCUCAGAUGAGCGUAUUGAUCCAGAUCAGUUGACGCCACAGGAAUGGCUCCUGCCUGAAACAACAACCAGUUUUAAUGAGCUGCCACAACAGUAUAAUGGAGUCUGUGGCUACACACUUGUGAACAGAGAUGGGCUUUUACUUCCAGGUAAUCCACACAUCGGAGUCCUGAAACACAAGGAGAAGUUCUAUGUUUUUAGCUCCAAACAAGCUGCCUUGAAUUUUUCCUCCAGUCCAGAUGACUUUGUUGAGAAGGUGGCAGAAAAGGCCAAGUGCUCCCCUGAACUCAUUCAGCUCCUCAAACUCCACCAGUUUUCCUGUGUCAGUCCGUACUCUGAGUUGCAGCCAGGAGAGAGUUUGCUGGUGAAGCCAUUCACCAAGUGUGAGAGUGGCACCCAGACUGACCUACACCCGAUGGAGACAAACAUCGUGAAGUCAUAUGAGUGGAAUGAGUGGGAGCUUCGACGGAAAGCUCUUCAACUGGUUGAUCUUCGGACCAAAGUGACGCACUCGAUGCAGACUGAUCUGAGCCACCUGAGACGGGAAAACGCCACUCAGACCUGGCUUCCCAAAGACGCUGCCUGUCAAAGCAAGAGAGACAGGCUGCGCCGCACCACGGCCACGGUUGGUCGCCAGGAUGACGGCUCGGCACUGGAUUGGUUGGCUGUACCAGGAAGACCGCGAUAUAAAGGCGGAACCGUGACGUCGUCUUCGGGUCAGAGGGUCCGAGGGCGUGGCUACAUCCUACCCUGCUUCCAACCUACACGUCAGCACACUUGGGUUCCAGUGAUCAGCUGUGAUUUAGGGAUUUAAUAUUGAGUGAUCGCAGUCAGCAGCCACCUUUUGUUUAACCGUUUUUUUUCUCAUGUUUAAGUUAGAAUAGGGAAGUUAGGCUUUGUUGUUCUUUUUACCUUUUUGUUUUUGGCAGAUCAGUUUUGGGUUAAUAGCUUAGUGGCGUUUUGUUUGUUGUUUUUGGUUUUGCUCACUGUCGCUUUCA